AUGACGAAUCCUUCGCGAGAUGCUCGACCCGAGGAUCGGCCUCCUGGCCUAGAUUAUCCUGAUCCCAGAUCAGUGCGUGGCAGUCAUCAGGUGCACCAAGCAGUGAGUCAGAUCGGCGGGCCCAGAAUACGGAGGACCCGGGUCUCGUCCUCGAGGAGAAGAAUGCACUUGGCCAAUGAGGUUCCUCCUCAAAGUUCGGCCGGCGGAAAUCACCUUCCCGAUUAUGCUCUCACCGCCGAUCUGCUUGCCGAGAGGACAUUGGACGGACUUCUCGCCGAGCAUCCUGGAGAACUUAUUCGUACAGGUUGCCCACAUGUGGUGUGCACGGUAUUGCCGUCACAUUGGAGAUCGAACAAGACCCUUCCGGUAGCCUUCAAGGUAGUAGCCCUCGGUGAGGUCGGAGAUGGUACCCUCGUGUCUGUUCGGGCCGGAAAUGAUGAGAAUUGUUGCGCGGAACUACGAAAUUCUACUGCUGUAAUGAAGAAUCAGGUCGCCAAAUUCAACGAUCUUAGGUUCGUCGGUCGAAGUGGCAGAGGGAAAAGCUUCACCCUGACGAUCAUGCUGCAAACAUCACCGCCACAAGUGGCCACCUUGUCGAAGGCAAUCAAGGUGACUGUGGACGGUCCAAGGGAACCGCGAUCGAAGACAAGACAUCAGGCCUUUCAUCCCUUUCACUUCGGACCUCGUCCAUUCCCCUUCGGACACCCGCAGGACCCGUUGGGAUUCAAACUGUCGGGAUUGCAACACCUGGGUCUGGAGCAAGGAGCGAGCCAGGGAUGGGGCGGGUUACCCCGAGGAUCUCUACCGCCGCACUGUCUUCCACCGCCUCCCGGUCAUCAUCCGCACACACAUCCACAGCCUGUUGGUGCAUCAGCCUUCAACCCUUUCCAUCACGCCAUCGAGCAGAGAUCUCCGAGGCUGCCUGGGCCUAAUGCCGAAUCUUCGAGGAAUGACUUGGGUCCUAUCAGUGUGUCGGUGAGGGAAGUAACGCCGACAACGUCACCCUGCAACCCCGGACCAGGCUUGUUGACGACGGCUUCCGUGACGGCACCGACGCCUCCCGCCGAGUCGACCACUACUACUACGACACCCAGCCCGUCUGGACAUCACUCACACUUUCAAGGUCUUCAUCUACUCGGUGCCACGGGAUCCAUCUUUGGAUCGAUAUUCGCGCCAUUGUUACCACAGUCCUCUUGGCUUUACAAUCCCCUGUAUCACACGCAACAGUACAUUCUGGAACCGGAAUGGCACGCUUUGGCCUUGAGAAUGGCUCAACAGCGAUUACAGAGGCCGGAUCAGGCCCGAUUGGAGGAACUCAGGAAACUUAGGAGCAGCAGCGACAGUCCCGAGAGUAGUACGAAGGACGAAGAACGGAGAGGAGACGAUCAAGGCGCUUUACGUCGAUCCGGACUGGAUAGUCCUGACGAUAGCAUCGAAGUGGAUGAUAAGAACGAUCAAGAUCUAAAUAGAGACCGCAUUAGAAGCGAUGAGUCAAUACCCGAGCAAGAUUCACCAAGAAUCUCGCCGAUCGAGAGGAGCGACCUGGAGGAUGCCGCGUCUACAGACGCCACCUUUCAAGAAGCAUCUAUUCAUCUACGACAAAGUAUAGAGAAUUUAAACGACUCGGACCUCCAAAUCGAUCAGGAUCAGAUUGCCCGUUGCGGCGAUCUCACCGUAAAAAUCCGUUUAGAAGGUACGGUCGAUCUUAGCACGAAGAAAGGUCAGGAUAAGGAAAACGUCGGUCAGGAUCUGACGACGCGGAGAAAGGAGGAUGGGAUAGAUGUCGAAAGAGAAGCCAUCAGAUCACGAAGAGAGAGAAGUCCUAAACCUAGACAUGUGUGGAGACCUUAUUAAGAAUUAAAGCUAGUAUGUUCGUACUGCGAGAGAAUCCUUCAAACGAGAUUUGAAUGAAAAUGAUUUUAACGAAUUCGAUGAUCAAGGCGAGGAAUAGAUUUGAUCGUCGAAGGAGUACAGAUUGAAUUAAAUAUAAUCUAGGCAAAUUUUAUCGUGUGUUUUUUCAGAAGAAAAUGUCAUUUCCGUGAAAAGAGAUCAGCGGACAUUGAUUAAUUCCUUCUCGAUAAUUCGAGACUGAAAGUGGAGCUUGCACGAUGUUGUAGAGUUAGUUUAGCAAUGCUAAGCGAUAUAUCAUCAUCGUGAAGUUAUCGAGGAAUAAACGGAACACGCCCGUUGAAUGCUCGAACAUCUUGUGCAAUAUAACACGGUUAAUCGUCUGCUUGAAAAUUAAAUAUCAAAACUUUCGGACGAACUUUUUUGUCAACGUUAUUUGUCUAUUCGUAUGCCCGUUGCGGUAUCGUCUAAGAACAGUCAAGGACUCGAGGACUAACCAGGGUUUACGUUCACAUAUAUAGUAUGUACAUACAAUGACGUCCGAUUAUUAUAUAAAUUAAUGUUUCAAGUAAACGUUGAACACACUACCCUCUUGUCAUUCCGAUUAACAAUACUUAAACUUUCUGAAUGUCUUAUGGAUUACACGAAUAAUAUUGUUGAAGCGCGUGUGUAUCUUAUUCCCGAAGAACGAAUUUCGUAAAUCAGGACGUACGAUUUACCGUGAUCCUUUAUUUAUCAUCUUCUUCGAACUAUACUGUAACGUCGAUUUUAGGAAAGAAAAUCUCGUGUGGCAAAUGACAUUUGGGAGGUUUCUUGGUACAAGCGAAAUUACGAGCAGUCUACGUUGUAAAUAUAUCAUCAUAUUGAAAAAUUUAAAUCC